CAGUGGAUCACCGAUCAACGGAAACAGCCAAAGAUGUCGGCUCGGUCAUGUGAUCAGCUGUGUCCAAUCACAGCUGAUCGCAUGGGACAUGUACACUGAUCAUCAGGGCACUGAUGAUCAGUGUGCCCUGAUGAUCAGUGUAGCCCCAGCAGUGCCACCUGUCAGUGCUCAUCAAUGCCACCUGCCAGUGCCCAUCAGUGCCACAGUAAUGCCACAUAUCAGUACCUACCAGUGCACAUCAAUGCCACAUAUCAGUGCCCAUCUGAGCUGCCUUUCAGUGUCACCUAUCAGUGCUAGUCAGUGCCACCUAACAGUCCCAGUCAGUGCCAUAUAUGAGUGCUGCCUUUCAGUGCCACCUACUAGUGCCUCCUCAUCACUGCAGCCUCAUUAGCGCACAUCAGUGAAGGAAAAAAUCACUUAUUUACCAAAUUUUUGAACAAAAACUAAGAAAAAAACAGUUUUUUCAAAAUUUCAGUUGUUUUUGGUUUGUUUAG